CAUGAUUAUAACCCAACUCGGCUUUCUUCCUCUGGAACGGUAUCCCAAUUCUCAAUCGUACACCUCUCUGAUUUCGCUCCAACUAGGGUUUGGAAUUUCAGUUCCAAAUUGACAGUUCAAUUCCAAUGGCGUCACAUGACCAUCUCGAUGACGAAGAUGAUUUUGGUGGUGAUUUUCCCGGAGGGAAUGUUGCAAGACGUUCAGGUAACAAGAGAAGCUUUGGGGAUCUUGACGAUGACGAAGAUGAUAUUUUCGGGUCAAAAAAGGCUAACCUGAAAGUAGAGGAAACAGCACCUGGAGUGGCAACCGGGAUGAUAUUAUCUCUUCGUGAGAGUCUCAAGAACUGUCAAGAUGAACUCUCAAGAUGCCAGACAAAACUGGAAGAUGCUAAAUCUGAGAUUCAAAAGUGGCAUUCAUCUUUUCAGCACGAAUCCUUCAUACCCCAUGGCGCAACUCCUGAACCAAAAUUUGUGGUCAGCUACCUUCAGACUCUGAGGUCGUCCGAGGAGUCUUUGCGAGAGCAACUUGAGAAAGCAAAGAAAAAAGAGGCUGCGUUCAUUGUGACAUUUGCAAAACGAGAGCAGGAGAUAGCUGAAUUGAAGUCUGCUGUUCGAGAUUUAAGAGCUCAGCUGAAACCACCGUCAAUGCAGGCAAGGAGAUUAUUGCUAGACCCAGCUAUCCAUGAAGAGUUCACAAGAUUAAAGAAUUUGGUGGAAGAGAAGGAUAAGAAAGUUAAAGAGUUGCAAGACAAUAUAGCUGCAGUCAGUUUCACCCCACAAAGUAAAAUGGGAAAGAUGUUAAUGGCAAAAUGCAGGACCCUGCAGGAAGAGAAUGAGGAGAUUGGCAACCAAGCCAAUGAAGGAAAGAUGCAUGAGCUGGCAAUGAAACUUGCUUCACAAAAAUCUCAGAAUGCUGAACUCCGAAGUCACUUUGAAGCAUUAUGCAAGCAGAUGGACAGACUAACCGGUGAUGUUGAUAGAUCAAAUGAAUUGGUGGUGAUCUUGCAAGAGAAACUAGAAGAAAAAGAAGACGAGAUCAGAAGAUUAAAACAUCAGCUGCAAGAAAAUAACACUGUAGAGGAGGAGCAGACUGUUCUAGCCCCUAAUACUGAA